AAAUUCUUGGCCCAAUAUGAUUUCAUCAUUGAAUAUGUGCCCAGCACUAACAAUAUGUUUACUAACAUGCUCUCUCAUCUACUAGCUGAUCCACUGUUUUCUGUUCCUACUGUUCCUAUACUAUCAGUACUAGAUUCCUUACCUACUAUGCUUGUUGCCCUCAUACUUGCCAUUUCUUUGAAUCCUACCUUUUUAUUGAACAUAUACAAUAUAUUAUCCAUAGCCUUAUUUAUAAUAAAAGCACUAUGA